ACAAAAUUCUUCUGUCUCGGCAAAGAGUAGCAAGUUGUCUUUUAUUGGGUGGUACUGUUUAACGACGAUGCUAAAAAUAGUUCAGCUUCGACAUCUGAGUUAAAGUUGACAGAGUUUAUGAGGUUUUUUAGGAGAUCGAAAGAAGUCCUUAGGAGGUUGUUCAAUAUAACCAAAAUGGAAACGGAAGAUUUAGAGCCAAGUGAUCUUCUAUGUUACAUUACCGAGGAUCUGCAGUUACGCUAUCAAUCAACCAAAGAUGUGGCGCAACAAUCGCAAAUAUUUCAAGACUUUCUUCGACGUUGGGAAGGAGACACCGCUCUGGAUGUGUUAAGAAAACAAAAAUAUGAAUUUGGAAAGGAUUUGGACUGGUUCAAUGUGAGUCAUCACUUAACCUUGGAGGGAUUACGUGGUAAAUUAGUUAUUUUGGACUUCUUUACCUAUUGCUGCAUAAAUUGUAUGCACAUAUUACCCGAACUUAACAGCUUGGAAAAGCUGUACCCCAUUGAACGUGGUCUAGUGGUAGUGGGUGUACAUAGUCCCAAGUUUGAAAAUGAGAAGGAUGCGGUGAAUAUUUUGGCUGCAGCGCAACGCUACAAUAUUGAGCAUCCCAUUGUAAAUGACCCUACCAUGUCUUUGUGGCGAAAUAUAGGUGUUCGAUGUUGGCCAACUCUAGUAGUCUUGUCACCAUCUGGUGCGCCACUACUUAUGCUAAUGGGAGAAGGCCAUGGUAUCUUUCUGGAACGUUUUACAGAACAAGCGCUGCGAUUCUUUUCACAGAAGCAAGAGCUUAAAGAAUUCUCUUUGCCCCUAAGGCCUUCAGUCGAUUUGCUACCGGCUUCAAAGCUAAAAUUUCCAGCCAAAAUAGCUCGAAGUGAAGAAGGACGUUUUGCAGUAGCGGAUGCCGGAAAUCACCGCAUUAUUGUUUUCAAUAUCGAGGGAGAUGUUCUUCUAAAAAUUGGUAGCGGCUCGUGUGGUUUAGUAGAUGGCCAUAUCACGUCGGCUCGUUUUAAUUCGCCACAGGGUGUGGCAUUCCUUAACGAGAAUACCCUGAUAGUGGCCGAUACCGAAAACCAUGCAAUUCGUCAAGUAAAUCUGUUGACACAGAUGGUUGAAACAUUAGCUGGUACAGGUCAUCAGGGCCACGAUCGUUCUGGUGGAAAGGAGGGGCCUCUUCAACAAAUAUCUUCACCAUGGGAUGUAGCUGUAUACCGCACACGCGAUAUGGAUAUGUCAUUCCACUUGGAUGAGCAAAAUGUACCUGAAAAAACAAUAAUAUUGAUAUCCAUGGCGGGAACUCAUCAAAUAUGGGGAUAUUUUCCAGAAGCAAUGAUUUGGUGGAAGUUCCGUAAAUUUGAACCCCGCACUUGUGUAUCUCUAAUUGGAAAUGGCAUGGAAGAGAAUCGAAAUAAUUCAUAUCCACAAAAUGCGGCCUUUGCUCAACCUUCAGGUCUGGCCAUGGGUAAAGAUUUUCUAUUUAUUGCCGAUAGCGAGAGUUCGAGUAUUCGAAAGGCAUCAAUGUUAGAUGGAAAAGUUUUAGCAGUAGUAGGAGGAGAUCGUAAUCCACAGAAUCUUUUUGCAUAUGGCGACGAAGAUGGCAAACAAUUUUCUGCUAAAUUACAACAUCCUUUGGGUGUUUGUUUUAAUCACACCAAUGGAAAAGUCUAUGUGGCUGACACUUACAAUCAUAAAAUCAAAGUAAUCAAUGUCGAGAAUAAUGUUAUCGAGACUUGUAAAUAUGUUCAGGAUGAUGGUGCCACCAUACAGAAUUUCAACGAACCGGCUAGUUUGUGUUUUGAUAAUAGCGGCCGAUAUUUACUUAUAUCCGAUACCAACAAUCAUCAGUUAUUGCGAGUAAAUGUAGAAACAAAUACCACAACACAGUUUCUAUUGAAAUUUCCUCAAAAUGCUGCAGAAGAUGAAAGUGAUGGUCUGCUGCGUUCGGGCUUAGAACUAUUUAAGCGCUUGCCCUUGACCAAAAGCAAACAACUAAAGUUAUCGGUUUCUAUAUCUCUCGAUGACAAACUUAAAUUCACCAAUGAAGCACCUCAAAAGUGGAGUCUCAAUAGUGCCAAUUCAGCUUUAAAAUCAUUAAAUACUCGGGGAUCUAUUUCGGAUGGCAAAUUUGAAUUACAACUUAAACGAUUUGACCCCUCUGCUCUAAACCUGGAGAAUCAGGCCUUGAAAUUAGACUUGUCUUUGAGCCUUUGUGAUGACAAAAGAUGCCUUAUGAAACGAUUUUCGUUAAUUCUUAAUGAUGACGAUGUUGAUGGUACUACUGAAGAAGAAUAUGAAGUCAAGGUUCAUGUUACACCUAAUAACAUAGAAUUAGUGUAGCUGUAAAUUCGAAACAAAUAUUAUUUUAUUUUUUAAACUAACAUAUAUUGUUUUUCAAAAAUAUCGCAUAUAUCUUUUUAUAUAUUGGCAACUAACCAAAUUUGUAAAGCUAGUUUUACUAAGCGCAUAUACCAAUAAGAUGUUCGUUGAGUGUUAAAGCAUUUUCUUAUCAGAUUGUAAUUGUAUUUAUAUAUUUAUAUAUAUGUUUGAAACAGGCAAAAGGAAACCGAUAGACCCAUAAUUUCCUUUGAUGAUCUGCAUGGAAUCACAUUCUGAGUCGAUUUAUGCAUGUCCUUCCGUCUGUCUGUCCAUAUAUUUUUGUAAAAAAAAAGUACAGGUCGCAUUUAUUGUCCGAUCCAGUUGAAA